CGUAGCCCGAUCCAUGCCCAGCUCCCUGGCCCAGCCCCGGGAGAGGAAACUGCGCCCGCUGGCGCCUUGGCCCGCCGGCGAGGGCAGAGCGCCGUCCCCCCCCACGAGGCUGCUUCCCACCAUGGCCCCCCUCGGAGAGGAGACGCCCCUGAUCGGAAACAGGUCCUGCAGCCUGUCCUCCAUGGAGUCGGGGACGCUCCAGGUCUACCUGUACCACCCGGCCAACGCCCCACGAUCGGACCCCGACUUGGGCGGCGUCCUGACUUUCACGUACGGCGAGUACUUGGCAGAGGAGCUCUGCGUGGCGGCAGCCAAGGCCUGCGGGAUCCUGCCCGUUUGCCACUCCCUCUUCGCCCUGGCAACGGAAGAUCUGAAAUGCUGGUUCCCGCCCAACCACCUCUUCACGGUGGACAAUUCGAGCUGCCAAGUUGUCGUCUACAGAAUCAGGUUUUUCUUCCCCAACUGGUUUGGGCCGGGGAAAUCGUACCGCUUCGGGCUGCUGAACGACCGAGCCAGCGCCGUGCUGGACUGUCCCACCAUCAAUUAUCUCUUCGCGCAGUCCCGCAGCGAUUUCAUCAGCGGGCGCAUGGAGGGGGCGCUGAGCCUGCAGAUGCAGGAGGAGUGUCUCAGCCUGGCCGUGCUGGACAUGCUGAGGAUGGUCAAGGAGAGGAAGUGGAGCCUGGAGGAGAUCUUCAGCAGCGUCAGCUACAAAUCCUGCAUCCCGGAGACGCUCCGGCACCAGAUCCAGCAGCAAAGCUUCCUGACCCGCAAGCGGAUCCGGAGGAAGUUCCACAAGUCCCUGCGGAAGAUCAGCGGCUGCCAGACCGACGACUGCGCCCUCAAGCUCAAGUACCUGAUCGACCUGGAGAAGCUGGAGAGGACCUGGGUGGAGGAGAGCUUCCCGGUCCGAGCCCCCAGCGGCUGCGAGCCGGGCCAGGAGGAGCAGAGGCUCAUCCACGUGUCUGGGGAGAACGGGAUCUUCUGGAGCCACAGCGGGGACGAGAGCCGCCAGCCGUUCUGCGACUUCCCCGAAAUCGCCGACAUCAGCAUCAAGCAAGCCAGCCGGGAUAGCAACCCCGUGGAGAACCGGAUCGUCACCGUCACCAAGACGGACAACAGGAUCCUAGAGGUCGAGUUCCUCACGCUGCGGGAGGCCCUAUCCUUCGUCUCCCUCAUCGACGGCUACUACCGGCUGACAGCAGACGCCCACCAUUAUUUCUGCAAGGCAGUGGCUCCCCCCCGGCUGCUGGAGAACAUGGAGAACCAGUGUCAUGGACCCAUCAGGUCCGAGUUUGCAGUGAAGAAGCUGGCAGUGAACGACGAGGGAGGCUACCUCCUCCGCCGCAGCCUGCAGGACUUUGACAGCUACUUGCUCACUGUCUGCAUCAAGACUUGCUUCGGACGGGAUUACAAGGGUUGCCUGAUCCAGAGGGACAAGGACGGGAGCUACUCCCUCUCCGGCGUUCCCAGGCGCUUCUGCAGCCUCCAGGAGCUGCUCUGCACCUACCAGAACUGCACCCUGCACGCCGACGGGGUGGCCCUGCGCCUGGGCACGUGCUGCCCUCCCCGGCCCAAAGAAAAAUCCAACCUGCUGAUCGUGCGAGGCAGCUGCUGCCAGCUCCCCGGCUCCCCCGCUGCGCCACGCCGCAGCGUCACCCAGAUGAUGUUCCACAAGAUCCAGCCGGAGAACCUGACAAUGUGCGAGAACCUGGGCCAGGGAUCCUUCACCAAGAUCUACCGGGGGAUCAAGCGGGACCAGGAGGACAGUGAGUGUCGCGAGACCGAAGUCCUGCUGAAGGUGAUGGACAGCAGCCACGGCAACUGCUCCGAGUCCUUCCUCGAGGCCGCCAGCAUCAUGAGCCAGAUCUCCCACAAGCACCUGGUCCUGCUGUACGGGGUCAGCAUCAAGGAAAACAGUAUCAUGGUGCAGGAAUACGUCCGGUUCGGCGCGCUGGACAUCUACCUGAAGAAGAACCAGUCCGGGGGCAAGGUGACAGCCAGCUGGAAGCUGGAGGUGUCCAAACAACUGGCCUACGCCCUCAACUUUUUGGAGGAUAAGAAGAUCGUGCACGGCAAUGUCUCUGCUAAGAAGGUCCUGCUGGCCAGGGAGGGGGACGCCGCCAGCGGCAGCCCCCCUUUCAUAAAGCUCAGCGACCCUGGAGUCAGCCUCACCAUGCUGGCCAAGGAAAUGCUGAUCGACCGCAUCCCCUGGGUGGCCCCCGAGUGCAUCAGCGACCCCAAGAACCUGGCGCUCGAGUCGGACAAGUGGAGUUUCGGCGCCACCGUGUGGGAGAUCUUCAGCGGGGGCACCAUGCCCACGAGUGCCCUGGAGCCCCUGUUGAAACUCCAGUUCUACCAGAACAGCCUCCAGCUGCCGGCUCCCAGGUGGACGGAGCUGGCCAAUCUCAUCACGCAGUGCAUGGACUACCGGCCGGGCUGGCGCCCCUCCUUCCGGGCCAUCAUCAGGGACCUCAACAGCCUGAUCACCUCCGAUUACGAGCUGCUGUCGGACCUGUCGCCCAGCGAGCUCCCAGCCAAGGACGGCUUCUGGGGCUACAUCACAGGCCCGGCGUGCCAGGACCCCGCCUUCUAUGAGGAGCGGCACCUGAAGUACAUGUGUGUGCUGGGCAAGGGGAACUUCGGCAGCGUGGAGCUGUGUCGAUACGACCCGCUGGACGACAGCACCGGGGAGCUGGUGGCCGUGAAGCGGCUGCAGCAGAGCUCGGCCGAGCAGCUGCAGGACUUCGAACGGGAGAUCGCCAUCCUGCGCUCCCUGCACAGCGACUUCAUCGUCAAGUACCGGGGCGUGUGCUACAGCCUGGGGCGGAGGAGCCUGCGGCUCGUCAUGGAGUAUCUGCCCAAAGGCUGCCUGAGGGAGUAUCUGCAGAAGAACCAGGAGCGCCUGGACCACAAGCGGCUGCUGCUGUACGCGUGGCAGAUAUGUAAGGGCAUGGAGUACCUGGGAUCCCAGCGCUACGUUCACAGAGACUUGGCCAGCAGGAACAUCCUGGUGGAGAACGAGACCCACGUGAAGAUCGGGGACUUUGGCCUGGCCAAGCUGCUCCCCCAGGACAAGGAGUACUACGUGGUGCGGGAGCCGGGACAGAGCCCCGUGUUCUGGUAUGCGCCCGAGUCCCUGUCGGAUAACGUGUUCUCCCGCGAGUCCGACGUCUGGAGCUUUGGAGUCGUCCUUUACGAGCUCUUCACGUACAGCAACAGAAGCCAAAGCCCCUCCGAGGAAUUUCUCCGCAUGAUGGGACGUGACAAGCCCAUGCCGAUCAUUUGCCACCUGCUGGAGCUGCUGAAGGACGACAGGAGGCUCCCCGCGCCCCCCGGCUGCCCCGCUGAGGUGCACGGCCUGAUGCUGAGCUGCUGGGCCUUCAGCCAGAGCAAGAGGCCCAAAUUCAGCGAGCUGGGGCCGAAGCUCGAGGCGCUGCGCGACAGCCGGAGCAAGGUCCGGGGAUAGCAGGCCCUGCUCCCGUCUGGACUUGUCACCACACCUUGCCUCUGCCACGCAGGCCGCCCCCCUGCCCACGGGCCAGGGGCACCGCUGAGUGCGGGGUCAGGAGCUGCGCAGGGUCCCACUCACGGGCCCACGCUGCAGGGCCUGAACUCGGGGCAGGGCCCUCGCCCCCAGAGAAGAGGACGGCGGGACACGCAGGGGGCUUGACGAUGGCUCUGGCAGCCCCAGGACCCAGCCUCUAGCCAGGCUCUGGGGCUAAGCCAGGCGCAUGCUCGAGGCAGGGCAGCAAAGGGUCCCGGGUUCGCUGCCGAGGGCUGUUCUGAAGGCUUCCAGGCUACGGAGCCGCUCUGAUCCCUCCAAGGCUCCUGCAGAGACACCUCCCUGCUAUUUGCCCGGGUGGGUGACUGGGGAGACUGUCAGCCGCCCGUUGCUGAGGCAUGUGAUGGGCCGCAGAGUCAAUCAGCCCAUCCAGUCUGACCCUCCUGUAUAACACGGGCUGGAGAACUUCACCCCGUGACCCCUGUCCUGUGCCCGGGAGACCUCCCAGAGAGCCCCCUCCACACACACACACACACACACACACACACACACACACACGCCGCCCUAGGGCGGGCUGCCCCUCGCUGCCCCGUGUGCUUCGCUCAUGCGAUGUGACACGAUCCUUGAACACAAAUCAGAACCAUCCGCUGGGAAUUGCACCUGGAUUGUACUCACCUGCUAGAACCGAUCUGUAUUACCCAGAGAGCUGCGGUGCCUUUCUGACAGUCCCCGUCCGCGAGCAGGCUCGAGCUGACCCUUUAAGAUACCUGCGGGGGAGGGGGGGCUUUUCACACCCCAGCUUUUCAUGGAGGGGGGGAAAGGACUGGAAAUCUCAGCGACCCCCACCCACCCAGAGCGUCGCUAGUUAAAGAGAGACACAGAAGAGCAGCACCAUUAUGAGUUAAUUUAAUUAUUCGGAGAACAUAAGAACAUAAGAAAGGCCGUACCGGGUCAGACCAAAGGUCCAUCUAGCCCAGUAUCUGUCUACUGACAGUGGCCAAUGCCAGGUGCCCCUGAGGGAGUGAACCUAAC